AUGGAAAAGAGUCUUAUGCUUGAAGAGAUAGCUGAUGAGAACUACGAACCUACAGACGCAGAAAUCAGAGAAUAUGGAGAAUAUAUUGGUCUUAUUCUCCCAGAAGAUGAAAGUUUACUUUAUAUUGCAAGAGAUGCUCUAAAAGCUCCAUUACCAAAAGAAUGAAAACCUUUUCAAACCAGAGAUGGCGAUAUUUAUUAUCUAAAUAUAGAAACAGGCGAAAAAACAUUUGAGCAUCCUUGUGAUGCUAUCUAUAAAAUAAUCGCUAAAGAAGUAAAAGAAAUUAAGCUGAGAAAAGAUGAUGAUAAAGAUGGAAUAUUGCCUAUACAAGAUCAAAAAAAGAUUCAUAGUCAUAAUUUGCCAUUUUCAGUGCCAAAUCCUAAUCAUAAACCUCCUAAUAAAAGAUUAACUCAAGAGGAAUAUGAUAUUGAAUUAGAAAAAAAUACAAAAGAAAUUAAUGAGAAAUUUGAAAACAGUUUAAAAGAAUUAAAGGCCAAAUAUGAAAAAGAAGAAAAAGAUACAUAUGAAUACUUAAAAGCCAAAAAGAUUAUGCAGGUUUUUGCAUAUGAAGAAAAAAUUGCAACAAAUUGUGAUGAAGAGAUAAAAAAAAUGAAAAAUAAAACAAAGAAUAUUCUAACUCCCCCCUCCGUGAACAAAAAAAAAUUGUUUUUUUUUCGAAAUUUAAAAAAAUCUUAAUUCGCAAAAAAUUGGAAAGCAAAUAUUAAUUUAAUUUAUAAAAUUUAUGUUUUAAAACGCAAUUUGUUUAAAAUUAAACAGAAUUAGCUCAAGAUUUCAUUAUACUAAUUAUCAUUAUAUAUCAACAUUUUUUCCAUAAAAAUUUUCUAUUAAAAAAUUUUUGUUCGCUCGCGGAGGGUGGGUUUUUGGGCAAAAAAGCGAUUUUUCUAAUGGUUUUAUUCACUCACAGAGGAGGGGAGUAAAUGAAAUAAGCGAAAAAUUAGAAGAUUAUAAAGGAAGAGAAAUAAAGAAGAUUAAAGAAAACACACAAAGAGAAAUUGAUUUAGCAAUGAUAACUGAGCCUGGAAAUAAAGAAUUAGACAAUUUAAGAGCUGAACUAGAUAUUGAGCGAAAGAUUACUCAGGGGUUUUAUGAAAAUGUUUAUGAACGCACCCAGCAUUUUGAAACAGAGAAGCUUAAAAUAAAAAAUAAAAUCGAAAGAGAAUAUAAAAAUUCUAUAAAAGCCUUAGAAGUUGAUAUUUUGCAAUUAAAAAAUGACGAAAUGCAAUGAAAUAAUAAAAUUACCGAAGCUAAAAAUGAAUUUCAAAAAGCAAAUGAUGAUGAAGUCAAUAAGAUAAAAUUGCAUUACCAGCAAGAAAUAGACGAAAUUAAACAAAAUUUAAGAAAUCAAAUUCCAAAUAAAAAGAAAAAAGCAUUAGAGGAGCUCUCUGUCAAAUUAGAAGAGCAAGUCAAAAAUGACACAUAUACAAAAAUAAGUGUAUAUCGAAAAGCUAAACAAACUGAGCACAAAGAAAGGCUUGAAAAAUUAGUGCAGGCUCAAAAUUAUAAAAAAACUGCUGUGAAGUCUGUAUAUGAGCCUAAAGCUGCUUUUGAUAAAAUGAAAAAUUUAGAAAUUGAGCUAGAAUUAGUAAAUAAUCAGCUUUACCUGAAAAACGAAACUUUAUUAAAGCUUCAAGAAGAAAUAGAAUUUUUUCAUAGCAAAUAUUACAAAAUGAAUAAACAGUAUGAUGUUUUAAUGAAAAGUACUAGAAAAAUCCAUCAGCCUCACUCUAAAAAUGAAUUAUUAAGCUCUGAAAAGAAAAGGAAAUCCCCGUUUUGUGGGUUAAUUUCAUCGAGUAAGCAUAAUGAGAUAACUCCUGGGCCAAAACGCAAAAGGGAUAGAAAUAGUUUGACAGAUACAGAAGAAGAAAUAAUUAAGAGUUGAAGAAGUGAGAAACCUGAUAAAUUUGAAUAUGUAAAUGAUCAUAGGCAAUUUCCUUUGCAUUCAACUUCAAACUUUACUGAUAAUCAACUUCGUAGCUCAGAAAUCAAUCUUAAAGUAUCUUACCGGCAUGCUGAUUUAGCAAAAGAGUUUGCUUGGAAGCAUUCAAAUUGACUAAGCAAUUUGAAAGCUGAUAUGAAUGUAUUAAAACCUAAAAAAAUCAGAUAA